UACAUGUUGUUUUGUACAUACAAAUUGAGUCGCCUUUACAUAAGGAGUUAGCAAUCUAGUAAUAUGUAGAAGUCUGUGGCUCGAUCAUUGGCAGGAGAAACACCGAGAGGAACGAGCGUGUCAAAGAUCGUGUGUAGAAUCAACCGAGAUAAGUGAUACGUUCAUCACGGUCGUAUCGCAGUUGGAGAUUAUCGGUCACCAUGAACAUAACGUUCGAAGGAAAACGCAUUCUCGUAACCGGCGCUGGUCAGGGUAUCGGCAUGGACUUGGCCCUGCGUCUCUCCAAGUCCAAUGCACAAGUGUUCGCACUUUCCAAAACGAAAGAGCACUUGGAUAAGUUGGUAAAAGCUGAUCCUAAGAUCCGAGCGAUUUGCGUGGAUCUUCGUGACUGGGACGCAACCCGGAAGGCCGUAGAAAGCGUCUUGCCAAUCGAUCUGCUGGUCAACAAUGCUGGUCUGAGUAUUCUCGCACCAUUUUUAGACGUCACGCCGGAGAGCUUUGACCUGGUUUUCGAUGUCAAUGUGAAGGCUGUAUUGAAUGUGUCGCAAGUUGUAGCCAAAGGCAUGAUCGAGCGGAAAAGCGGCGGCAGCAUUGUAAAUAUAUCAUCGCAGGCCGGUCAGGCGGCAUUCAAGGAUCACGCCGUUUAUUGCGCCUCCAAGACGGCCCUUGACAUGUUAUCGAAGACAAUGGCCAUGGAGUUGGGUCCGCACAAUAUAAGAGUCAACACCGUUGGUCCUACAGUCGUGAUGACUGAAAUGGGAAAAAUGAAUUGGAGUGAUCCACACAAAGCGCAAGAACUACUCAACAAAAUUCCGCUUGGUCGAUUUGCAGAAGUUGACGAAGUAGUGGAUUGCAUCGUAUAUUUAUUAAGCGAUCGAAGUUCCAUGAUCAACGGCGUCUGUUUACCCAUCGAUGGUGGUUUCUUAGCAGGAUAAACAAGAAUAUAAAAUGAUACUCUUUAAGAAGAAAUAUCUUCACGGGCGAAUAUUAAUCUCUAUUCUUGAAUCCUAAUACCUAUAAACGUAUCUAUAAAAUUACACUUGUAUUUGUUAUGUUAUAUUGUUUGUUAUAAAUUGGAAAAGAAAAGCAAAUAAGAAUCAAAGAUAUUGUGAACAUACGCGGAAUGUUUAAUCAAAAAUAUAAUUUUAUAUGUAUCAUUC